UGUAGGGCGUUAGGAGAAAUAAAGGGAACUGGUCACAAACGAGUAAAAAUGGUGUUGGAAAUAUAUUUGGACCUGCUUUCUCAGCCUUGCCGCUCGGUUUACAUCUUCACCAAAAAGAACAACAUCCAGUUUGAGUAUAAGAAGGUGUCUUUGAUGGCAGGUGAACACCAUGGUGAAGAAUUCGGCAAGAUCAACGUAAUGAGAAAAGUACCCGCCAUCCGAGAUGGAGAUUUCUGCCUGGGUGAAAGCAUUGCCAUUAUGCAGUACCUGGUGGAGAAAUAUGGCACCCCGGAUCACUGGUACCCAGCCGAUCUGCAGAAGAGAGCACGGGUGAACGAGUACCUGUCCUGGCAGCAUUCAGCCAUGAGACCCCAUGGGUCCAAGAUUUUCUGGCUAAGGCUCAUGAUCCCAGUGGUUUUGGGCGAGGAGGUUCCCAAAGACAAAAUGGAUGCCGCCGUAGAAGAUCUCGACGGCUCAUUGAAGCUCGUGGAGGAAAAGUUCCUUCAAGACAGACCUUUCAUCGCCGGAGAGGAGAUCUCACUGGCUGAUCUGGUCGCUGUUGUGGAAAUCAUGCAGCCUGUAGGUGCUGGUUUGGAUGUCUUUGAUGGGCGGCCCAAACUGAGCGCGUGGAGGGAUCGAGUCCGGGCUGCGAUCGGUGCUGAACUGUUUGACGAAGCUCAUCAGAGAAUCCUCUCAGCCCAGGAAAUGGCACAAAGCAUGGACGGCAGCAAACUGCAGCACUUCAAAGCCAGGAUCCUCAAAAUGUUCUUAUGAGAAAAGAAAAUGCAAGCUUAUGAAUGCAGAUUUACUCGAGCUUGAUCGUGUAACCUGAAUUUAACUCUCACGGAAAGUUAUGGGGAAACAUAAUCAAUAAAAUAGACAACCAGUGUCAAACCUAUCUUGACCAUUAGUGGGAAAUUUAUUACUUUACUUAACUUUUGUGUUUCAGAAGAUUGAAGCUAAUUGUUUAUCAGUGUGAUUAGCCUUUAAUUUUUUUUUCAGUGUUCAUAAAUAUAAAAUCUGUUUAAAUAUGGGCAGUUCAGAGCAGUACAGUCUAUUUUUGUCAAUGUAAUUAACCUGGACAUUUGUUUUCCAACUUACAACUUGUUCUUGUCAAAAACGGACACUUUGGAUCGUAUGUAUUUGCUUUUGCAUUCGUAUUACACUGAUGAUUGAAUCCUGUAAAUCGGCCGUGCCCCAGUGUUUCUGAGCCAUUUCAUUUACUCCAGUUUCAAGUUCUUGCACUCUGAUUGGCCGUGAAGCAGAGUAACAGUCUUCAGAGCAUUGUUCCGCUAAAUUCUUCAUUACUCUGGAGGAAAGAGCUGGGCGUUGAGGAAUGUGAGUGUAACGUUUCCUACAGCUGAACGCUGGAAUCAGCCUCGUAUGCAGUUUUUUAUACCCGAGAAUAAAAACAACAGCUGUGGCUUUUCCCCUUGUCUUAAUAAUUCAUCUCAACAGACCAAAAAGUUUGGUUGUACAGUAGAAAGAACUUACCGGUGCAAGUUCUUUUUACUGUACAACCAAACUUUUUGGUUUGGAUAAAACUUUAUCAGCCAUAACAUUAAAGCCGUUGAUGGGUAAAGUGAAUAACGUAGACUCUCAUUACAAUGACACCUGUCAAGGGGUGGGAUAGCAAUUGAACAGUCAGGUCUUGAUGUGUUGGAAGCAGGAAAAAUGGGCAAGCGUAAGGAUCUGAGUGACUUUGCCCAGGGUCAAAUUGUGAUUGCUUGACAACUGGGUCAGAGUAUCUCCUAGACAGCAGGUCUUGUGGGGUGUUCCUGGUAUGCAGUGGUUAGUACCUACUAAAAGUGGUCCAAGGAAGGACAACCAGUGAACUGGGUUAAAAGGUUAAUGCUGGCUAUGAUAGAAAGGUGUCGGUACACACUGUGUAUGGGGCCGUGUAGCCGUAGACCGGUCAGUGUGCCCAUGUUAACACCUGACCACUGCCAAAUCACCUACAAUAGGCACGUGAGCAUCAGAACUGGACCAUGGAGCAACAGGAGAAGUGACAGUCAUCAGACAUAGUUUACGGUUAACUAAAAGUAGUGACGUUACUAACUAAACUAAACAACUCUGAGGUCCUUUGUUCGUGCCAUGAUACACUUCCACAAAUGUGUUGUGAAGGAUCAGAUAGAUCCCUGUUCUUUAAAUAAAACAGGGCGCUCACUCACACCUGAUUGUCAUCCCAAUGAUUGAAAACACCUGACUCUGAUUUCAACUUCAAAUGAACUGCUAAUCCUAGAGGUUCACAUACUUUUGCCACUCACCGAUGUGUAAUAUUGGAUCAUUUUCCUCAAUAAAUAAAUGAGCAAGUUUAAUAUUUUUGGCUCAUUUCUUUAAUUGGGUUCUCUUUAACUACCUUUAGGACUUGUGUGAAAAUCUGAUGAUGUUUUAGGUCAUAUUUAUGCGAAAAUAUAGAUUCUAAAGGGUUCACAAACUUUCGAGCACCACUGUAUGCUUAAAGUUUAUGAUUGCUGUUUUUUUUUUUUUUUUUUUACUUUAUAUAUAUACUUUGCAAUUUCACAUUAAAGGUGGAAAAAGAUCUGACAUGA